CUUCUACUCUACAUUUCUUUGCAACCACGACUACGCCUAGAGAACACCGGAUACAAUCUCACACUUCUGUCGAGGCCCCUCCUACCCUCCUUCCCUUUUCCACUUUUGCCCCUCCUCGACGUGCCAAUUGCGGACGUCAGGAUGAUCUUACAUAGGCGCCGUUCAGACCGGAUGGCAGCAAGAACUUACUCUGCCAAAGCAGUCGUCGUGGCCAUCGUCUCAACCAUGGCACUAGCAAAUGCUCCCACUGCAUUAGCCGAAGUCAUCACCAAGAGGGCCAAUACAACAGGUGCCGAUGCAGACACCGUACUCAUAGAUGGCAAGGUACCAGAAGGCGCCAUUGUUCUCGUCUGUGGCGGUCUGGGUGUCGCCGUAGUAGCCCUCGUCUAUGUCAUCUUGCAGUCUCACAUGCCCACCUCGAAACAUGUUAUGCAGGAGAGGGCAAAGGCAAAGACUGAUCUCAGAGUACGAGGUGGCCACUCGGGUCACAUCAGUCCCGGAAUCUCCACCUCUGCCCUCAAUACCGAUGCCCGCCCUUCUGACGCGGGUGCACCCAUUUCGAGCCCUACCUCAGAGGCAUCGGGUUCUGGCUCUGAUACACUCUACAAGCCUCACAGAGGGUCGAAGAUGCUCGGAUCAGGACCAAGAGGCUACAGCGGCAGUUCCUUCACAAGGAGCAACAUGGCCGAGACGAGCUAUAGCUCCUUUUCCUCGAUGCGCGACCUUCCCUUUCUUGCCAAUACCGGACGCAUGGCAUCAACAGACACGUAUGGCUCGCGUACCUCUGGCGACUGGACAAAGUCCAAUAGACCGGGUUCAAACUAUGCACAAAACCAACGGCGUAGCGGUUACCGGGAUGCACAUGCGCCGUCUGCGCAUCGUCGUCCGAUCAGUGGAGCAGACUAUAGUCGCACGUCAGGCGACCAUGGUCGAAAGUCUUUGGAAAGAAAGAGUAGUCUCUACCGUGGGACCAACCUCACCCUGCACCGGACUCACUCUGGCGGUAUUGUAAAGUUGAAUCCCGGAGGAGUAUACAACUCGGCAGAUGCAGGAGGUGGGCCCAUCGCACGACGUCAACACCCUCUAGAGAUCAGCUCCCAUGCUGAUUCUACUCCGGAUCAAAGUCGGCGAAAUUCCACCAUUGGCCUCCUCGACGAUGAGUAUCUUUCAGCUGCUCAAAUGGCCGAGGCAGCCCGUGGCUCUGCUACCGCACCACAAUACGCUGUGCCAGGGGACUCGAGCGCUCUACUCCCUGCCAACGCUCAUCCUCUCUCAGCAGCACAACAGCAACAGCAGCAACAACCACAACAACCAAGGCGACAAGGAUCCCCUCUGUAUUCGGCCCGUGUGUCUUCCAAUGCAGCCGCGCCGCUCAAGGAGGGCCAUUACAUCACCGCAAAUCACUGGUCGCAACAGCACACCCACAGGGGAGCGGGAGCGACUACAGAGCCAUCAUCAGCCAACUAUGGUCGAUCACGCAUGAUCAGGCCAGCAGCUGCACAGCCCACUUCGGCCCCCAAGCCCUGGCCAGUACCGGAUUACCCUGGCGGGGCCGUAGGUGGCGGUUUCGGCUCACCUACCCCAUCCUACGGCCACAGCUCGCAUGCCUCGUACCAAUCGUACCAAUCGUCGGCGAGCCCUACUCCUCUCCUGCACGGCUCGAAUCAGAGAUCAGAUGAGGAAAGUUUGAUCUCCAUGUACGAGAAUUCUCAGCCUGGACAGUUUGCUCAGCCCGUGGCUGGUGGGAACGGCAGGAGAGGCGUGCCCGGAAGACCGGUUGGUGGGGUAUCCCAGGUCUGAAUGUAGUCAAACCCAGCUGAAUCAUCACAGCAGCUACAUUUCUACAUCUCAAGUGCUCGGUAAUCAGGUUGUUCGUCUUCAGCAAGCGACUAUACAAAAUCUCGUCACAGAUCAGGCUUCAACGCAUCACGCAGCUCCAUGUCGGUCAGAGACACUUUCACUGUACAUGCCCCCAUGAAAAGUGGACUCUCCUGUAUUUCGGACAUCAAGGACAAUUUCUUCUUUGCCUCAUCAUCCUCUUUCUACUAUCCAAACCUACAUUGCCGCGUCAGGUUCUUUCUUUGUCCCUUUCCUCACAUAACAGCGGCUGCGCUCCAUCUUUGCUCCAAUCAUACCA